AUGAGUUCAGCAUCUUCUAGCUCUGAGCAGUCUGUGGACAGGGGCAGAAUCAAUUUUUGGGUCCAGCAUAUCGGCAGGUUGUUAAACAGAUCAGUCAAGAAAAUGUCAGCAGAUGAUGUGCAGCUUAUAAAUAGUGCAACAGCACGACUUCUGGUUCUCAUUCAACAAGCAGAUAAGCCCAGCAAAGAUGCUUUUCUGAAACAGCCACUGGCAAUUGAUACUCUCAUUACAGUUCUUCAGGUUAUUGCAUGUGAGAAUACUGUAGGCAACAUUAUCAACAUCUUCAAUGAGAUAGUUGGCAAAGUUCAUCCAGCAAAGAGAGCCUCAAUACUGGUCAACCAUGGACUGACAACUGUGCUGUUCCAGAUCAUGAAACUGGCUCAUACAAAUGACAUCUGUUUGUCAGAUGAUGUUCUGAUUGCCAUCCAUGUUUUACUCAGUAGAAUUGGCCAUAAAGAUUGCAAAUUUGCUGUGAAAGCAAGACUUCACCAGAGCUUGAUGUUAACAUUAAACUUGGUGAAGACGCACUUUCACAACUUUCGAAAUCUGCAGCCUCUUCUGCAAGUGUUGAAAAUGUACACAAACAACAGUGUGAAUGCAUCCUACCUGGGCAAACACAACUCAGUGAAUGUAAUGUUGAACAUCAUAUUCUCUUGCGGAAAAAGACACACUGUUGAUCUGAAGCUAGCCUUGGAGAACCUAUGUAACCUAACAAAAUCAAAGAGUAACUCUGCAAGGCUUAUCGACUUGAAUGGCGUGCCCCAGCUUCUUGCCUGUCACUCCGAAUGGCAGCAUUUGGACACUAAACACAAGCAUCUCACCAUCAGACGCUGCAUACUGCAAGUUCUAAAAAAUGUCACAGAUCUGAAGGCUGGACGUCUGGCAUUUGUUGAAGCUGAUGGAAUUAGAAUUCUCUAUGAAGGAGCAUUAGAAGCCAGUGACUGCCGAGACAUGGAGAGUCUGAUUCUGUUGGCCAGCAUUAUUUUACGGAAGUGCUGCCCGAGAAAUAAACUUCCACUGGAGUCGUGUCUCAGCCCUGUCACAUUUUCCCUGCCGAUAUCCGCUACACACACACCUGAGUGCUACCUGUUGUCAGAUUUCCCAGGUCAUAUGACACCCAGAGACCUAAGUAACGAAUCAAGUUCUUCGGUGGAUAUUGCUUUAACAGACAAAUUCAAUCACCUCUCUGGUGUCUUCCAAAGUCUUGUAUAUGUUCCACAAGAACAGGAUCAGAAUACUGCAGCAGGAGUGGAGAGUGACCACAGUUCCUUGGAUGAAAUUGAUGAGAAUGAUAUCGAUAGUGAUGAUGAGAAGUUUAGAAUUGACACAGAGGAGGCAGAUGAAGAUCACCUGGAAAGCCCAGACCCAGCUGAAACAAGAACACUGGAGGACUUGCGCAUGUACGAUAACUUCUUUCCUGAGUUGCUGGAACAACAGUUUCAGAGCACGUUACCUGCUCCGCCAGUCUGCGCUCCUUUGCGGAGAUCUUUGUCUGUAAAUCUGAACACCUGGUCAAAUGUGUUAUCUGGUGAGCUGUCUCCAAUGAGGCACGUAUCUUCAGAUGCAGCUUUAAAGAAGAUGUGUGUGGACAAUAGCAGUCCUUGUUCUUUUCAAAAGCAACAUUCUGUGAGUCUGAGUAAUCAGGUCACGUCUACCGAGAUAAGUAAUCAGUUUGAGGAUAGAAGUGCAAGUGCUGUCAACCUAAAAACAGGUUCGGCUGUCAUCACUUUAGAUUUGGGUCCCUUUAGGUCUCCAGCUCACAGUCGCAGCAGCAUAACUGUUCUGAGAGGCAAAAAGAAGAAAAAAUCUGUAGCCACCCGAGAGAGGUUUACAAACUCAAGAUCAUCAGCAGCUUGCUUGGACAAGCUGGCAUGUGAUAGCUUCAGUAAUAUGAACUUUCCCAUGCAGGAGACUGAUGAUAACAAUCAGAUUAGGUACGCAAGUAAUGAGGAGCUGGACAGUGAGUGCUGUUUUUUUGCCCAUGAUCAUUUGCUGUAUGCCAAGCUGGCAGUAAAUACACACAGUGUUUACAAGUUUCAAAAACUGGCAUUUCCCGAUAUGUAUGGAGUUAAAGGAUCUUCCAUUUUGAUGGAAGCCUUGUCUUUUCGCAAGUUUGGUGUGCAGAGGGCCAAAAUCUUUGAAGAUAUUGAGAGAAUGAUCCACCCAGAAACUUUGCUAGAUGCUGUAGUCUAUGACCUGGACCAGCUCAUCCUGGACACUGGCAAUAGCAACUCCUUGGACAGAAUGACCCUGACAAACACAGAUGAAUCAAGAAUUGGUCAUAUAUCAUCAGACUGCGGUGAUCUCAAGUUUAAUGCUCAGUUUGAAUGUGGAAACCUUCGCAAAGUUAUUCAUGUGCGACAGUAUGAAUAUGACCUCAUUCUCAAUCCGGACAUCAAUGCUAACCAUCACCACCAGUGGUUCUACUUUGAAGUCAGCAACAUGCUGGCGGACAAACCAUACCGGUUUAACAUUGUCAACUGUGAGAAACUCAAUAGUCAGUUUAAUUUUGGUAUGCAGCCUUUGAUGAUGUCAGUGACGGAAGCUGCCCAGGGUAAUGCCUUCUGGCAAAGGGUCGGCUCAGAUAUCUGCUACUAUAAAAAUCAUUUCAUCCGCAACACCAGCACCACGGGAGGUGUCCAGGGCAAGACCUAUUUCACAGCCACAUUCUCUGUGACCUUUCCUCAUUCAGCUGACGUCUGCUACAUCAGUUAUCACUACCCCUACUCUUACACAGCAUUGCAGACACACUUAAAACAGUGGGAACAACAGUACGAUCGCAGUGCCAUCUUCUUUCGCAAUCAAAGCCUGUGCACCACCCUGGGAGGUAACUCUGUCCCAGUUCUAACCAUCACAGCUCAGCCUCGCAGUGUGGAUACAGAAGGAUUGGAGGAGCUGCGUAGCAGACCAUACAUUUUCUUGAGUGGGCGAGUCCAUCCUGGAGAAAGCAAUGCAAGCUGGGUAAUGAAAGGGACAAUAGAUUUUUUGCUAAGCAAGAAGCCUCAAGCCCAACAAGUCAGAGAGAGGUACAUUUUCAAGAUUGUGCCCAUGUUAAAUCCUGAUGGAGUUGUCAAUGGAAACCAUCGCUCAUCUCUUGUGGGAGAAGAUUUAAAUCGACGCUGGGGAAGGCCAUGUAAAAUCCUGCAUCCAACUAUCUACCACACUAAAGGCCUGCUGCAGUACCUUCACAUGAUCAAUAAAACACCCAUGGUAUACUGUGACUACCAUGGACAUUCCAGACGUAAAAACAUCUUCUUGUACGGUUGUAGCCCCAAUCAGACGUGGAUCGCUAACGACACUCAGAACCCAGCCUGUUGUGGCAGUAGGCCUACAGACUUCAGCUACAAGCAACUUCCUCGCCUGCUGGAUGCAAACUGUCCAUCAUUCUGUCUUAAGAACUGCAGUUUUAUGGUGGAGAAAUGCAAAGAAAACACAGCUCGAGUGGUUGUGUGGAGGCAUAUUGGGGUUGUCAGGUCUUAUACGAUGGAGUCAAGCUACUGCGGCUGUGACCAAGGAAAGUACAAGGAUAUACAGAUGAACACAACAAUGCUGGAGGAGAUGGGGCACAAAUUUUGUGAAACUCUUCUGAAGCUGGCCACACAGAAGGGAGGCUAUGACCAGCAGAGGCCUGUAUUUGAUCCAGAUCUUGCAACAGCUACCGAACCAACCCCUGAUGACAUUGAAGAUGACCUAGAAGACAAACUUAACCUGCGUGUCAAGAAAAAAGGAUCCCAUGCAGACUCACUGUUGGAUGAUUCUGAUUCAUUCGAUGAAGAUGAAGAAGAUGACGAGGAGGAAUUUGAUGAUGAUGUGGAGAAUGACUAA